AGCAACUGAUAAGAGAGUCUUAUCUUCCAACAGUAAGCACCGAACACCCACCAGCACUGUUGUCGGAGAUCACGAGACUUGCAUUCCUGCCGCCAUGUCCACGCCGCAAAACACACGGGACUCGUUGGAGUUUCACCACACGUCGCUGCACGACAGCGCCGCCGCUGUCGCCAGCAGCAUGAACGUCGCCAGCAGCAGAGGCACAGGCAACCCGGGGGCGUACGAGUUCUCCUACCUCAAGAUUGUCUUUGUGGUGGUGCUAUUUGUGGUGUCGCUUUUCUCAUUCGUGACGCAGACGGAGCUGACGAGCCUGCUCUACUCGGCCUACGGCUUCAACGAGCCGAUCCUCUUGCUCUACCUGACCCACGGGUCGUGGUGGCUGCUGUGGCCGCUGCAGUUUCUGUCGAUCGGGGUGUUCAAGAGCGUGCGCAAGUUUGUUCUCCACCAGAGAGGAUACACGCCUGUCGACGGGAGACGCUGGAAGGGUCUGCGCAGAGCCUUCGCCAGCUCCAUCAAGGCCCAGCACCAGAACAUCUUCCACACGGCGGAGUUGACCGCCCACUCCAACAUCGGCGACUACGAGAUCCGCUACAAGGACCCCCGCAAGAGCUUCCGCAAGUACUCUCAGUUUUUCCGAAGCACCGCCAUCUGGUACGUCUUCAAGAUGUCCGCCCUGCUCUCGCUCAUCUUGAACGUCGCCGGCGUAACCUGGUUCCUCGCCAUGUCCUUGUCCACGGGCAGCGACGUCACCGCCAUCUACAACUGCAGCGCCUUCACCGCUUACAUCUUCGCAAUACCCAUCCUCAAGGAGAGGUUCUCCUGGAUCAAGGCCAACUCAGUCAUCACGGCCAUCGCAGGAGUGUUCAUCGUCGCGUACAUGGGUAAGUCUUCCUCCGGCGGAGACGCAGCAGACCCGGACGCAGGCACAGGCACGGCCUAUCCUCACAGGCUGUUCGGGAACUUCAUAAUUCUGCUUGGCGCCAUCCUCUACGGUUUGUACGAGGUAUUCUACAAGAAGUGGUGUUGUCCUCCCUCUGAGCUUGUCAGCGCCAGAAGACAGGCGACGUUCUCCAACUUCAUCAUGUGUCUCAUUGGAAUCAACACUUUCUUCAUCAUGGGCAUAGGGAUGCUUGUGUGUGAAGUCAGUGGCCUGCACCACUUCCAAAUACCAACCCACGGCAAGGCCUUGCUCUACAUGGUGACCAGCAUCAUCUCCAACCAUCUUUUCAGCGUCUCCUUCCUUGGCUUGAUGUCCUUGACCUCUCCGGUCUUUUCCUCCGUCGCUUCUCUAAUCACCAUUCUAAUCGUCGGGCUAUUCGAAUGGCUCUUCAGAGGCAUCGUCAUCACAUUUUAUCAAAUUAUCGGUUAUAUCCUCAUAAUAGUCGGGUUUGGACUAUUAACUUACGCUUCUUGGAGCGAGAUCUCACAGGAAGAUGUUGACGACGACUACAUCACAGAUACAGAAUCAACAUACAGUACCGCCAGCUCUCAAAUGGCAUGAACGAAUCAUAUCCUCCUUUAUAUUUCCUUAUAUUUCACCACAUGUCUUUUUGUAUCAACAUUUACAGUUAUCGGCGUUGGACAACGCCAGAGAAUCAAAGUUAGAACAUUCAAAUAUACCAAUCACUUUUGUCGUUUUAUUGAUAAACCUUGACAAUGUACUCCCGCCGAGCCCCGAAAACACUACACUGCAACAGUAGCAACCGUACUUACUUACAUGUAGCUGAUCGUCCAGCCUGCGUCAUCUGCCC